ACAAUAACAAGGCUCAAUAAGUUAAUUAAUUCAUAUACAAAUAUGGUUUUCUUUAGUAUAAAAUAAAAGUGGCUCAUUAUUUUCAACUUACACAUUUCUACCUUGAUCUGUACUUCUCCUUUGAUUAAUUUUUCAUCUUAAAUCUCAUAGAUAACUAUGUUGACCUUUUAUUCUAAUGAUUAUUUAAUAGUUAUCAAUACUGAUCAAAAACUAAUUACUUAUUAAAUAUCAAGCAAUUAAACAUCAACAUAUAGUAAUGGGAAAUGUAUUAACGCAUACUAUUAUCAGGAUAUGUACGUAUAUGGGGGAGGAGACAACAAUUUUCUUUAUAAUGCACUUUUUGUUAAUUUGAAUUUGAGUAAAUACAACUAAUACUCUUAGUUAUAAUAUUCAGAUAGUCGCCUACAAUCGUUAGUGGUUCUUUCUGGUCAGGAUAAUGUAGUAUCUAUAAAGUAAAACAAUAUUAUACAAUGGAUGUAUUCUAAUAAUAAACUCGUUAAUUUGAAUGGAUGCACUGGAUAAUUCAGAGGAUUAAUUUCAUUUAAAUAAUCUUAAAAAUUUUUAGCUUUGUGCGGUGAAAUAUUAAUAUAAUGGGAGUAAACAACUACAUCCAGUUAGAUUAAUGCAUCUGUUGUAAUAAUAUAACCAUUUAUAGCUGCAGGUUGUUAGUAUUUAUAAAUUGUGAAGUUAGGAGGACCAAUAGGAGAUUCUACAAUUUAAGAUUUUAUUUUGGUAGAAGACAAUUUAGUUACUCUCUGUACAUAUAGUAAUGGGCAAGUUACAAGAAAGCAAUCAACUCAGCUUGCUUCUAGACCUAGUUAAGUUUUGAUUUCAUAGUGGAGAUUUUUCUAUAUUGAUUCUUCAAAAACAAAUAUCUUUAUGUAUGAAAUUUUAUAAAAUAACAAUCUCAUUUAUAGAGCAAAUAUAAACGGUACUUUUACCUUAUCAGCUAUGGCAAUAUCACCCGAUAACUCAUAACUUGCAUAUGCUGAUCAGACAUCAGUCUCAGUGUGGAGAUAUACAUAAGGUAUAUGCUAAACUGGAUUUAUGUGGGACAAAGAUUAGUAGCUUUGUGUUUAAUGUUCUUAUUAUUGCUCUUCUUGUUCUCAGUCUAUCAGUUAAUGUGAUGCUUGCUAAACUGCCUCUAAUGGCUUAAGUAUUUACAGAUAAGAUAAAUAAAAUAAUUGCCAAUGCUAAAGUGGUUACUAUGAUAAUGGUAGUUUGGUAUGUGCUUAGUGUCCUUACUAUUGUUAAACUUGUUCAAAAAAUAACUAAGGAAAUGUUUAAUGUACAUCUUGUUCUUAAAAUAGCUCUAGAGACUAAAAUAAUAUUUGUAGUUGUCUUAAAGGAUUCUAUGAUAACGGAACAAGUGUUUGCUAAAAAUGUGAUUAAACUUGUAUGACUUGCUAAAAAAUUUAAUAAAUUGUAUAAUGUACUUAAUGUGAUCCUAAUUCAUUUAGAAUUUUGAAUGCAGGAAAAUGUGUUUGUCAAACUGGUUAUUAAGAAUAUACAGUUCCUUAGUCAAAAUGUCUUUCUUCAGCCUGCUUUUCAACUUGUAAAACAUGUUCCUAACCCUAAGAUUAAUUUUCAUGUUCAUCUUGCUCUCCUGACAGAACAUUAGUUUAACAAUAGAAUGGAAAUAUUUGCUAAUGUAAUCCAGGCUUUUACGAGAAUAAUAAAUUUGUUUGCACACCAUGCCAUAGCACUUGUAAGACUUGCAACGGUGGUCAAAAUAAUAAUUGCCUAACAUGCGAUUCUAACUAAAAUAGAAUAUUAGACUCAAAAACAAAUACUUGCAUUUGUUAAGAUGGUUUUUUUGAUUAAAGUGGUGUUUGUGUUUAAUGUGAUUAGACAUGCCAAACAUGCUAAGGUAAUGGACCUUAGAACUGCACAUCUUGCUUUUAGAAACAAUACAGAAAUUUAUCCCAAAAUUAAUGCAUUUGCAAUUAAGGAUUUGUUUCUGUCAAUAAUAAUUUAAUUUGCUAAUAAUGUGCUGAUAAUUGUCAAACUUGCAAUGUCAACUAACCUUUAAAAUGUUCAGUCUGUUUACCAAAUACAAACAGAAUGUUAAAUGCUUAGACAGGAAAUUGUGAUUGCUAAAAUGGGUAUUUUUAAAAUGGAUCUAGUAGUAUUUGCUCUCAGUGUGAUUAGUCAUGUAAAACUUGCUCAAAUUCAAGUAAAAACUGUCUAUCAUGUAGCGAUCCACUAAAAAUUUUAUAAGGCAAUACUUGCAUUUGCUAAGAAAGUUAUUUUUAAUUAGAACCAACUAAUUUAUGUUAAAAAUGUACAUCCAAUUGUUUAAAAUGCUCAAAUUCUUAAUCUUGUUAAAAAUGCUAACAAAACUUUGAAUUGAGUAAUAAUAAUUUAUGUGUUCAAAUAAUACCAUCCACAAUACCUCAGGGAACUCUUCACUUAGUUUAGAAUAGCACAAAAACAGCUGUAUAUGCAUCUGUGGGUUCAACUGUAGCAGGCUCAAUUUUUCUGUCUUCAUUUUAACCAAACUCAAGCAUAGCUACUUAGCUCCUAUUACUACAAAAAUUUAACUUUAUGCUCUUAAUAAAUAUCGCAUACCCUUAAUUACUGCAUGAAUUUUUUAUUAUAUUUGGAGGAACUUCACCUAUUUCCAGCUUACAUAAAUUUAAUAUCAUAGAUAAAUACUUUAUAAAAACUGAAGACAGUCCAGUUUAUAUUAGCAAUUAAUUUAAUUAGGAAAAUAUUAGCGAUAGCAUACUUAAAAAUAGUGGAGGCUGUGUAGUAAUCAUAACCAUCUUUUGGAUAAUAUCUCUUCCUUUUAUAAUCUUUUAUAAAAAAAACGAAAUUAUUAGAAACGCUGAAGAGAUUAAGUAUAAUUCUACAAAAUUGAUAAAAAAUAUAGGAGAAAACUACUAUCCUUAUUUCUUAGUAUUAAUCCACUAAGUUCUGAGCCUUAUAAUAUUUUUCUCAGUUUUUCUAUAGAUAGCUGCAUUUAUAAAAUUUGAUCCUGUUUCAGAUAGCUUAUUUGUUCCUAAGAUUAUACUUUUAAUAAUAGUAGGAAUAUAUAUUUUUUUUAUUGCUGGUAAAUCUUUAUUCAUAGUUAACUCUAUAGGAAAUUAUUAACAAGAUGUAAGCUUGCACAGCACAGAAAAAAUAGAGCAGUCAAUUUAUUCUAACAUAAAUUUGAACUAAAAGGGAAACACCUUCUUUAGGAGAAAUUACAAACUCAUUUAAAUAACAAUUGAGAAUAUUUUCAUUCCAAUUUUUAUUAUAUUUUUUGGAUUUGAUUCAUAGAUACAGAUUGGCCUUUGCUUAGGUUUUUAUGUUCUUUUAUUCAUACUAACUGUAGCAACAAGUCCUAUGAAUAAGUUUAUUGAUAAUCUAUUUUUAAUCUUAGAUUAAUCAUGUUGGAUUAUCCUUUAUGCCACAAUUCUUUUUAUAGCAGUGAAACUUUCAUUUAUAUUAGACUUUAAUCAAAUAAGUGAAAAAGACAUCUAAUUGUUUACUACUUUAAGUUGGGUUGCAAUAGGAUCUUGCAUAAUGAUUUUACUAUUAAAUCCUAUUUAUUUGAUAGUUCAAUUAUUUAGUCUCAGAAAAGAAUAUCAAGCUUAAAUUAAAGAAAUAUGCAACAAAAUAAAGCAGAAAUUUUAGAAGAAUGAAAGUUAAGAUCAAGAAAGUGUUACAAACUAUGACAAUGUAAGUCUUUAUGAUUUUACUCUAAAAAAUACGUCUAAACUUUGGGAUAGAUCAACUAUACAUUAAUAGCAUAUGCUAGAAUAAUACAGAUCUAUGAGAUAGCUUUAGUCUAACCCUUCUAUUUUUAAUUCACCUCCUUUAUUAAGCUAAGUUAAAAAAAUAAAACUAAAUAAAUAAAUUGAGCUUUCAAAAAAACAUGAAAUAGAAUUACCAACUAAAAGUAUAUCUCUUUAACAAUCAACAAAAGCUUAAUAAUAAGAAAAAAAUCAUAAACAAAAGAAUGAAAAAUUAGAUUUAAAAAAAAUAAAUGAUAAAUUAAUGUGA